AUGCGUUCCUUUGCUUCUAUUGCCGCCGCCGCGGUGGUCGCCCUUCCUUUGGCCAUCGCAGCGCCCAACAAGGCCAACAAGAUGGAUGCCAGCUACUAUAAGCCGGAGCAGGUUAUCGAUACCGAUGUCGUGAUUAUUGGUGGGGGUGGUAUGGGUGCCUACUCUGCUAUCCAACUCAAGGACGCAGGAAAGAGGGUUGUGGUCGUUGAGAGCAAAUCCCGUAUGGGAGGUCACACAGAGACUUACAUGGAUAACGAGACUGGAAUUCCCAUUGAUAUGGGUGUGAAGCUAUACCACGACGAACCUUUGGUGCACCAAUGGUUCGCACGCUUCAACCUUUCCACUACCCGGUUCAACAUCCCUGCUCUCCCGACGCAGAAUGUUGACUUCAGGACUGGGCAGGUUUUGCAGGGUCUGCCUGCUCCUAACCAGACAGCCAUGGCUAUUGCUCUGCAGAAGUACGGUGCGGUUCUCGCCAAAUAUCCUCAACUCGAGGGUGGUUUCUAUUUGCCAGAUCCCGUUCCCGAGGAUCUGUACAUGCCCUUCGGCCAGUUCGUCCAAAAGUACGACAUCGCUGAUGCGGUACAAACCAUCUUCGGUCUCACUUCCGCCUUUGGUGACAUCCUCGAGCUCCCCGCUCUGCAGCAGAUGCGCACCUUUUCCCUUGGUCUCUUGAAGACUAUGCAGAACUUUCAGACCAGCUCGGUAAUGGACAACAGCCUUCUUUUCGAGAAACUUACAGCCGAACUCCAGGCUACCAACUCUGUUCUUCUAUCCUCUAAAGUCACCAAGACGCAGCGUGUGAGCAAGGCUGAUGGCGGCGUCAAGGUCCUUGUCGAAACACCGAUGGGCUGCCGUCUCAUUCAAGCGAAGAAGAUCCUUAUGGCUAUCCCCCCUACUCCCGAGAACCUCGCCAAAUUCGACCCUAGCGGCGAUGAGUUGAAGAUUUUUAACCAAUUUACAUCUGUCGGAUACUACACCUCUAUCAUCAGAAACGCUGGCCCUACGAACAUCACACUCCAGAAUCUCGCUCUUGACAAGCCAUACGCGCUGCCACCCAUGCCUGCUAUCUACAAUGUCAACCCCACCGCCAACCCAACUCUAAGUCUCGUCUACUACGGCACCAAGGUUGGUCAGCAUCUGAGCGACGAGGAGGCUAAGGCUGCGAUCAUCGCGGACCUUAAGCGCUUCCAGGCUGCCAACAAUAUGACUGAGACUGAGCCGGAGUUUGUCGCAUUCAGCAACCACAGCCCAUACAACAUGUUGGUCGGUGAGGAGGCUACCCGCGCCGGAUUCUACAAGCACCUGUACGGACUGCAAAGCAAGCGCAACACUUUCUGGACAGGUGCCGCGUGGAGGGCGCAUGACAGCUCUUCCAGCUGGGCUUACACCAGCCAGAGCGUGCUACCUCAGCUUUUGGCAAGCUUGUAG